AUGGCUAAGAGAGAAUCAGAACUUGUCCACGAACCGGAGAAGAAAAAGCUCCACAAGGACGACAUCGCCAUCGACUCCGAAUUGCUCGGACAGCAAUCGUCCUACGGCAACGAAACUGGAGGCCAGGGCGACCGUUCGGGCCCUGGCAAGUCCGAAACCUCGGAACACGACGAGGUGGCUGCUGCCGAAGCUGCUGCUGCUGCGGUAGCUGCCGUACACUCCAACGAGCAGGCCUCCCAGCAACACUUGGCGUACCAGAACGCGUUCAGACAACAACAGCAACAGCAACAGCAACAGCAACAACAACAACCCCCCAGAUCGCCAGCGGACUCCAACCGUUCGCCUGCAUCUUUCCCACCCCAGCCCACCACCUUGCCACCGCCCGGAGCAGGCAAGCCAUCGCAUGGGUCUGACGAGUGGCACAAGCAGAGAAGAGAAAACCACAAGGAAGUGGAGAGAAGAAGAAGAGAGUCCAUCAAUGUGGGCAUCAAGGAGUUGGCGGCAUUGAUCCCCACCCCAGACACCAACAAGGCACAGAUCUUGCAGCGUGCGGUCGAGUACAUCAAGAGAUUGAAGGAGAAUGAGAACAACAACAUCGAGAAGUGGACGUUGGAGAAGUUGUUGACCGAGCAGGCGGUGUCGGAGUUAAGUGCUUCCAAUGACAAGUUGAAGCAGGAGCUUGAGAGGGCCUACCGGGAGAUCGAGCAGUGGAAGGAGAUGGCCAGAGCCUCCGAGGAGAAGAAGUGA